GCAUCGUUCCGUCGCGUUUAUCAAUCAAUACUCGCGCGACUCCCGGAUUCCGAACGUAUUAGUGUAAUACGUAAUAAACAUAUAAACAUUGCAUAGACGCUCUGCGGCCAGUGCUCACUGCUCAGUCUACGGUUCUCGCGGUAAAAGACGUUCCGAGUUUUACGGUCUGUGAGUGACCGUCGUGUGUCGCCUAACUUUUGAGUCUUUCCUCGUCGUUAAAUAUUAAAAUAAAUGUCAUUGUCGCCGUCCACUUAUUGGAAAAUCACAUAAAAUCAUUAUCCGCAUCUGCACUGCUGCUACUACUACUACAAGGACGCAAUGCCAACUCAACAACCUUCUAUUAACUCAACAUUCAAAUUUAUUGAGCGUCGUAAAAAUGAGUGGCGUUGCCUACUCUGUUGUCAUGUCAGAACAGGAACCAUUUUUCUUGGAUUAUGGCAUUUGAUGUUACAAUUACUGGCAAUAAGUACACUUGGAGUGUUUUUGCGACAUCCAGAAUUAUUAAGACCUGUUCGGAUAACAACAAGAAGUUCAAUAGACGUUAAUGAAUUACCUACUGCUUUAGCUGAACGUAAUAUUCCAACUUAUAAUAAUUAUGUUUCUACUGAUGGCUCUUCUGCAUUAUUAAACUAUGAUCAAGAUGAUAUGAUUGAACCUACAAUUGGAAGUACUAGUACAAAUGUUGAAAACUAUUCAUUUGGGAUGUUUAUGGGUCGUCCAUUUAAUACAGAUGAUUUAAAUUAUGGAUUGUUUGUUAUAUUUUUCACAAUAAUUAUUACCAUUGCCAUGAUUUAUGGUGCCAUCAAAGGAAAACCUAAGAUGUUAAUUCCAUUCUUUUGUAUGCAACUCUUUGAUUUAUUCGUGACUAUAUUGUCAGCUUUUGGAUAUCUAUGUUAUUUACCAGACUUCCAACGUCUCAUAAUCCGUACCGAAUCUCAAUAUUUGCCUAGUGGUAUUACAUCAGUAAAUCCAAGAUUUAUGUCAUUUAUAGUCAUUUUUUCUUUGUGUGUUACAAUAAUAUCCAAGGGAUACUUUGUUGGUGUAGUUUGGAGUUGUUACAAGUAUCUGACACUAAAAAGAAGUUCAGCUCAACCAACUAUUCAUUACAUAGAAUCAAACUUUGUUGUUCAGAAUCUUUUACGUCCAGACUAUGAUUUUAAUAUGAAAAAGUUUCCUCCUCCACCGCCUUCUUAUGCUGUUGCUGUUGGAGAAGAUAAUGCUACCCAUCCUGAUGUACCCCCACCAUCCUACAGUACUACUCAUUAGAGCCUAAUUCAAGAAGAUGAUAUUAUUUAUAGUUUCAUAACAUGUUUUUAAUUUACCUAACAUUUGAGUAUAAAAAAAUACAUACAAAUAAUAAAUUACUUAUCAGUAUAAAACUACUAUAAACUAGUCCCCUUGGAAGACUGGAAGUAAUUUGCUAUGGAAACCAAUAGAUAAGAACGCUAAAUCAAAUGUUAAACUCAUAUUAUUCUUAUAUACAAAUAAAAUCUAUUGUUACUUAUA